CCGUUGGGAACGAUAGGCGUGUAGUACCGCACAAACAUAUCAUUCAACAGCAAUUUCAUAAGCCCAUCGUUUUGUUCCGACACACUCCGAGUAAUGUCAGAUCGUUCUCGGUUACAGCGGGAAGUCGAUGCAGCAUAUAGCCUACAAGUGAGGGCCGCGACCAAGGGAGCAGCCCAAGGAGGAGCUGUUGGGGUUGGGGUCGUAACGUUUGCCCAUUAUGCGUGGCCGCUCUUCCGACGACAGACACUGCCAUUCAAGGCAUUCCUGGUCUCUGGAUUCACCAUCGCUGGCCUGGUGAUUGGGGCAGAUAAUGCCCUUCUAACUCACGAGGCGGAAAGGCGGAAUUCUGAGCAUGCUAUUCGGCGUGAAGCCAGGAUAGAUCUUGCUCGCCGAGGUCUCGUCGGCACGGAAACUGAAAUUGCAAAGUGGCGAGCAGAAAGGACUCGGCAGAUGGAAGAACGAGAACACGACUCGGACGGCCAUCUUCGUGAUUCUUCUGUUCAGGCUGGUUGAGGUUCAAAGGGGAUUGAUCAUCGAUACAACGUGUAGAGGAAGCAUGUUUGAAGGCACUACAUCGGUUUACGACGUUUCUCAAGAACGGACUUUGCUUAGAGUGGGAAAACACUGGGUUAUUCUGCUAGCGAAUACGAGGCUAGAUGCCAGACUAUAUACAUUUGCGAGUGAGGCGCACAAGAUAUCCCUA